AUGGCGCUGGAAGUUCAGCCGCCCGACGGUCGCAGACGUGUCAAGGUCUAUGAAUUGAGGGAUAAUGACUGGUUUGACCGCGGAACCGGGUUCUGUACCGGUCAGAUCUUGGGGGAGGAGCCCCGUAUAUUUGUCGAAUCGGAAGACCAGCCCAAUCGCGUAUUACUCGAAACAAAGAUCACCAAGGACGAUGGCUAUCAGAAACAGCAAGAAACUUUGAUCGUUUGGACCGAGUCGAAUGGGACGGAUAUGGCGCUGAGUUUUCAAGAGGCAGAGGGCUGCGCAGUCAUAUGGGACUUUGUGCAUGCCGUCCAAACACAUCUCCUGAGUCUCACCUCGGCUGAUGACGCCCUCUCCGACGACCUCGACAGCUACCAGUCAAUCGUAUUACCAGCACCUGACCUUGGCCAUCUCACAGAAAUAGAACAGAUCACGCGAGCCGCAAGUUUGACACAAGCCGGCCGAGACGCGCUGUCUAAAUUUAUCAUCCGCGACGAAUACAUCUCAAAGUUGGUACCGCUUGUAGCGGUGGCAGAAGACUUGGAGAGUUUGAUUGACCUGCAUCGCCUGUGCAACAUCAUGAAGUCGCUCAUCUUGUUGAACGACAACACCAUAAUCGAGACGGUCGUUGCUGAUCAUGUCAUUUUGGGAGUGGUCGGGGCUCUGGAAUAUGACCCCGAGUUCCCCACGCACAAAGCAAACCACCGACAAUACCUCGCAGACAAAUCCCGAUACAAAGAAGUUGUUCCCAUCAAGGACCCGCUCAUUCGCCGCAAGAUUCGGAGCACGUGGAGGUUGCAAUACUUGAAGGAUGUGGUGCUGGCACGGAUUCUCGACGACCCGACCUUUUCGGUGCUCAAUUCGUUGAUCUUUUUCAACCAAAUGGAGAUCGUGAACCACAUUCAAGGGAACGCGCCGUUCUUGCGAGAGUUAUUCAGCGUAUUCGACCCACGGAACCUCGAUCAGAGGCGCAAGGAUGAUGCUGUGCAAUUCCUUCACCAGUGCGCUGGUAUCGCGAAGAACUUGCAAGCGCCGUCGCGCGCUCAAUUAUUUGCCAACUUUAUCGGCCACGGUCUCUUCCAGGUGAUCGCAUUUGCCGUCAAGCACUUGAAUCCGUCAAUGCGCACGACAGGUAUUGAUAUCUUGGUAGCAUUGUUGGAUCACGAUCCUAUCAUGAUGCGAAGCUACAUGCUCAAGGCCACCGACCUCGGCGUCAAAACCCAACUCGCCGAUGCCAUUAAGAUUCUUCUCGAUCCUCAGAUUCCUCUGCAGGACCCGCUUGGUCGGGCUGGACCCGAUUACUUCAAAGUUCGCUCCAACAACAUUCUUUCCGAUGCAUUUGUCCAGCAACAUUUCGAUGAGUCUUCGAAACGGCUGUUUCAACCCCUCAAACAGCUCGAGAACCGCGCAACCCUUAAUGAUUUGACAUUCCAAGAGGUCACCCUCUACUCCCACCUUGUUGAUAUACUCACCUUUUUCGUCCGCCAACACCUCUUCCGCACUCGCAAUUCCAUUCAGAGUGAAUCUCUCGCGCCUCGGGUCACCCAACUCCUGCAGGUCCCCCAGAAACAUUUGAAACUAGCUGCUCUUAAAUUCUUCCGCACCUUGAUCAGUCUCCAAGAUACCUUCUACCAAGCGCUCAUGACACAUAACAAUACUUUCGGGUUAAUCCUCGACAUUGUCUGCGAAACAAUGCCCCGCGACAACCUACUCAACUCGGCCUGUCUGGAACUUUUCGAGUUUAUCAAGCGGGAAAGCAUCAAGCCCUUCAUACUUCACGUCGUCGAGAAAUAUCGCGAGAAGCUUGAAUCUAUCACAUAUGUCGACACGUUCCAGACUCUGAUUUCAAAGAAUGAACAGCUGCAGGGUUACGGGGCCGAGGCUGAUUCAGCGUUGUUCAGUCAAGACGAAGGCAAUGAAUCGCGCAGAAAUCGAGUCAAUGGCCAGCGCUGGCAGGGCGCAAGGGAAAUGGACGCUGCUGAAGAAGAAUACUUUAAUACAUCCGACGACGAGGAUGAGAUCAAGUGGCCACAAGACAACGCGCCUGGUGCAACUGGAGCUUCCAAUGGAUCCAGUCCAGCUGCGAAGUCUUUGGUUGAUUAUCCAGAUGACGACGACGAAGAGGAUGAUAUCAUGGACACCAACCCAGACACCUCCCCCGAACGAUUUGCAGAAAAGCGCCGCCGCGAGGAAGAAGACGAAGACGAGCUGGUCAAGCUUGCAGCCGGCCCCAAGCGACGAAGCUCAACCAGCAGCAAUUCCGGCGCUGGUAUUCUCCUGCGGAAAAAGAGCCUCUCUGGCUCACCGAUAGAGAAGAGCUCUUCGCUUGGCGUAACAAGUGCAGCACCCAAGCGAAUCGCCAUCAAUAUCGGUACGACAGCCAAGUCAAAACCGGAAACCGCAGUCGUGGAGAGUAAUGAGAAGGAGAAUCGCGAUGACAAAGACGACAAUGAGGGAUAG